AUGAGUAUGAGGAAGGACAGUAUUCUUGAGGGGCCUUUGUUAGAGGAAUACACAUUUGCUGCAAAUUCUGCUCCUUUCAAUAGCUGCCAUGCAUCUACCAUUGUUGAGAUUGAUAAAGAUCACUUUUUGGUUGCCUAUUUUGGAGGUAAAUCGGAGGGAGCACCAGAUGUGAAAAUUUGGUUGCAGACGUACAAGAAUGGCUAUUGGCAGUCACCUGUCAUUGCUGAUGAACAACCUGAUGUUCCAAUGUGGAACCCUGUGCUAUUCAAACUUCCAUCAGAUGAGCUGCUGCUGUUCUAUAAAAUAGGACAAGAGGUUCAAAAAUGGAGUGGUUGCAUGAAGCGAUCACAUGAUAAAGGUGUUACUUGGACAGAAAGAGAACAACUUCCUCCUGGUAUAUUAGGACCAAUAAAGAAUAAGCCUAUCUUGCUGGAAAAUGGACUUUUGCUCUGUGGAUCCUCUGUUGAAAGCUGGAACUCUUGGGGGGCUUGGGUGGAGGUCGCAACAGAUUCUGUCAGGUCUUGGAAAAAGUAUGGUCCUAUUUACAUUGAAAAUGAAACUCUUAGUGUGAUUCAGCCAGUUCCUUACCAGACUGCAAAAGGGACCUUGCGUCUUUUAAUGCGAUCCUCUGAUCACAUUGGCAGAGUUUGUAUUUCGGAAUCCUAUGAUGGUGGCCAGAACUGGAAUCAUGCAAUACCUACCGAACUCCCCAAUCCAAACUCAGGUAUUGAUGGGGUAAAGCUCAGAGAUGGCUCUAUUGUACUUGCUUAUAAUACAGUCUCAAGGGGUGUACUUAAAGUUGCACUCUCCAACGAUGACGGGGAUUCAUGGCAUGAUGCUGUGACAUUGGAGGAGAAUUUGGGAAUGGAGUUCUCAUAUCCCGCUGUUAUCGAGGCUAGUGAUGGGUCUGUUCACAUCACUUACACUUACAAUAGGACACAAAUUAAGCAUGUUGUCCUCAAACCAAAUUGA